AGAAGUCGAAGUCGUCAUGGUCCAUGGUUGCGACUCCAUCCGCCGGACGUGUGCCUUUUGUGCAUGCUCCAGUCGCGUCGCGUCGUCACGUUACCUGCAGUGCUUCGGCGUCGGUGCAACCCUCUUAUGCAGGCCGGGCGCUAAGCCCGCACAGUGACGUCUGGCCCUACUUUUCACAACCUGCCUCUACCAGACCUGCCCACGCCCGUCUGCCAACCUCAGCCUACUUGUACCCACGGCUGCCCUUGGUCGACGCCCUCACCCGCCACAGCACCUCCCCGCGACACAGCCAGCCGCUCUUCCUCCGCCCAGACCCGCGACCCGGCACCCCCCUCGACAUGGCGCGUUCCCGCAAGGACGUCAAGUUCCAGCACCGCCUCGGCCCCGCCAGCAAUGGCAGGGCGCGGCGGCCCUCGACGAGCUUGUCCGAGUACAGCGACAACGGCGAGAUGCCCAACAGCCCCGCGCGCAGCACCGUCCUCGAGCCUCCGGCAGUCGCAUUCCCCGAGCAGAGCGAGUACGAAAAGAAAAAGGCAAACUUCAUAACGCGCACCACAUGGACGUUGGUCAUGAUAGCCGGCUUCUUCUGGGCCCUGGGCGCCGGCCACCUCUACAUCAUCAUCAUCGUCACGGCAGUGCAGAUUGUCUCCUUCAAGGAGGUCAUCGCCAUAGCAAACGUCCCAAGUAAAGCCCGCAGUCUGCGCUUCACAAAGUCGCUCAACUGGUACUUUCUGGGCACUGCCAUGUACUUUCUGUACGGCGAGAGCGUCAUCUACUACUUCAAGCACAUUCUGCUCGUCGACCGCAUCCUUCUCCCGCUAGCCACCCACCACAGGUUCAUUUCCUUCAUGCUGUACAUUAUUGGCUUCGUCUUUUUCGUCUACUCGCUGCAAAAGGGGCACUACAAGUUCCAGUUCACCCAGUUCGCCUGGACCCACAUGGCUCUUUUCUUGAUUGUUGGACAGGCUCACUUCGUCAUCAACAAUAUCUUCGAGGGCUUCUACUGGUUCAUUCUUCCCGUAUCCAUGGUCGUCACAAACGACAUUUUCGCCUACCUUUGUGGUAUCACGUUCGGGCGCACUCCGCUGAUCCAAAUCUCGCCUAAGAAGACAUGGGAGGGCUUCUUGGGUGCCUGGGUCUUCACCGUCAUCUGGGGUAUUGGAUUGACGCAUUUCCUAGCGCGAUACAAGUACUUCAUCUGCCCUGUCAACGACCUUGGCGCAAACAUCUGGACAGGCCUCGAGUGCAAGCCGAACCCCGUCUUCAUUGCGCGUGACUACACGGUGCCUUUUGUCCCCGCCGGUCUGCCCAUCCCACGAACGCUCAAUUUCAUGCCCGUCCAGUUCCAUGUGUAUGUGCUCGCAACCUUCGCAUCCUUGAUUGCACCCUUUGGGGGUUUCUUCGCUUCUGGGCUCAAGCGCACUUUCAAGAUCAAGGACUUUGGCGACUCCAUCCCCGGACACGGCGGUAUCACGGACCGCAUGGACUGCCAGUUCAUCAUGGGAUCCAUCGCCUUUUUCUACUACACCAGCUUCAUUGCAAGCCACCACACGACUGUUGGAGGUGUCAUCGAGAUGGCCAUCCACGGGUUGACAUCUGAGGAGCAGCUGGAGGUCGUCAAGAUUCUAGGGAAACAUCUAGUGACCAAGGAGGUUAUCUCGCCAAAUGUUUGUCCCCUCUUCCCACCAAAACAACUUACACCUGACUAACCAAACUCCAGAUCCUCGAGUAUCUAUCUGAGUCAUUGAAGAGGAGAUGAAAGUGUUAGCCCGUUUCCAAUCAUUUACGACGUUGUUUGUUUUGGGCGGUCUGCUAGGAUUUGAUUCGAAUUACGCAUCGUUUGGGAUUCAUUGUAAUGGGCAGGAGCAUCU